AUGGAGAAACCUAUUGGAGAGAUUUUAGUAGUGCCAUUUUUUGGGCAAGGCCAUAUCUUGCCACUAAUUGAGCUUUGCAAAAAACUCUCCUCUUUUUAUAUUAAAACUACGUUUGUUCUUUCUAUCGAUAUCUCCUCCUUCAUUUCCUCUUCCUUAGUCCACCACCCGUUAGUCAACGUCGUGAACGUUGAUGCUCCGAUACCGGAACCUCUUCGCCCCGAAAUUAAAUUCGACCCGCAACCUAUUAUGUUGCAUUACAAGCAAAUGAGACAAGGUGUAGAAUCAAUUUUGAUAUCUAAUUAUAACAUAGCCAAAAAUAAUAACUUGAAAAUUAAUUGUGCUAUAGUUGAUAUCAUGAUGUUGCCAUAUUUGGGAGAUGUUUUCACCAAAUUUCAAGUGCCUAUUGUGGCUUUCUCCCCUUUUAGUGCUGCUUCCCUCGCCAUGGAUUAUGCUGCUUGGAAAGCUGAUGUAGAGUUCGUCAAACCAGGUGAAACUCGGUUACUUCCGGAUUUACCCGAUGAAAUGUCCAUGGAUUAUGAUGAUAUAGUAAGGAGAUACUAUAGCUCAUCAGAGGAACCAUUAAUUGGUACCAAGAAGAAAUCUUUUCCAACACAACCUGGUGAUGAGCCACUAUGGGUCCAAGAGGUAAAGGUUACAAUUGCCAUUCUUGUGAACACAUAUGAUGAACUAGAGCAUACAUUCUUGGAAUAUUUAGCAAAACAAACAAGACUUCCAAUUUAUGGAAUUGGCCUUCUUCCAGAAAAAUUCUGGACACUUGCUGCCACUAAAUCCCUAAUUCAUGACAAAGACAUUAGAACAAUUAAUAAUUCAAGUCAAAAAUCAAAUUAUUCAGAAGAUGAAAUACUCAAUUGGUUAGAGAAAAAAUCUCCAAAUUCAGUAAUUUACAUUUCUUUUGGUAGUGAACUUAUGCCAACUUUACAAGAACAUGAAGAAAUUUCAAAGGCACUAGAAGAGAGUUCAAGCCAAAAUUUCAUAUGGGUAAUUUCCAAGAAUCAAGAUUAUUAUCCUAAUGGCUUAGAAAAUAAAGUUGGGAAAAGGGGUUUGGUUAUACAUGGAUGGGCCCCACAAUUGUUGAUUUUAAGUCAUCCGUCAACUAGCGGAUGCAUGUUUCACUGUGGAUGGAAUUCGAUUAUGGAAGCGAUCGGACAAGGGGUCCCUUUAUUGGCAUGGCCAAUUAGGGGUGAUAAUUUUUAUAAUGCAAAAUCAAUUGUGUGUCAUCUCAAGAUUGGUCACAUGGUAUCAUCAAUUAGAGAAAAUAUUGGGUUGAGAAAGAUUAAGAAGGAAGAGAUAAUACAAGGGAUUAAGGGAUUAAUGGAGGAUAAACAAGUUCAUAAUAGAGUUAAAGAGUUGAGUGAAAAAUUUAGAAAUGCUAAUUUUCCAGUUGGUUCAACUUCUGCUUUGCAUGAUUUCAAGGAUUUUAUUAUGCAAAAGCAAAGUGAUGAUUGA